AUGGCGUACAGGCGUAGAAGACGACGAAAAUAUAGAAGAUUUUUGCUGAGGAGAGAAAGACCCGAACGUAGGGUAGUAAAAGAUCGUCUAAAUCCUAUGGAAGUGUACACAGACGACGAACUUUACGAACGAUUUCGAUUUCGGCGGCCUACAAUCGUCUAUUUGAUGACUCUGAUUGAACACAAACUAAUAAACACCACAAAAAAUCAAGCCUUACCUCCACUGUUGCAGCUGUUGGUCUGUUUGCGUUUUCUGGCUACGGGUGCUUUUCAUAAAUUGAUCGAGGACAGUGUAAAUGUUUCCGAGUGCACAGUCAGUAGAUGUUGCCGUUCUGUGACCCAGGCCAUCAACGACAUUCGGCAAAACUUUAUCAUGUUUCCGAGGGACCAAACAGCCAGACAAACAAAACAGGAAUUUUUGAAGAUCGCAGGUAACUAG